CCUAUAUAUUCGAAACUCGUUGACAGUGAACCUCACUUACUGAUCGGCGUUUUAGGUAAAAACAUCUUUUCGAAAAAUUUUCCAAAAAAGUUCCAUAUUAAUUUCUUCGAAAGAAAAUUGUACUUCUAAAUUCCAACAGUUCUAAGAUGCGUUUCGUUCUGAUCUCGUGGCUGGCCGUCCUGAUCGUGGAGAGCGUGAUGGUCAGCUGCCAGCAGGAUCUUCCGCUGUGGAGUGGUCAGGCCAUUUCCAAAGAGCUGCUCAGACCCUACCUUCUGGACGCCGUCUCCUCCGAGGAAUCGUCUGACUACGAGAGCCCCAAGUCCCUCUCCCUCUCCAGCAGCAGGCAAGUGACAGGAGGUCUCAAGAAAAGAGUAGCCAUGGGAGUGGACUUGCCCGACUACAUUUUGCACUACAGAGGAAAGUCCCCCGAUCUUGGAUCCUUCCGGGAGAGGAUGCAACUGAGCGGGAGAAGAUAAACAGAAGAUGAAAUGGAUAUUAACAGAAUCAAUCAAAUUCUGAAAUAUUUUUUUCGAACCUGACGUGCAUGGCCAUCAUCAUCAUUUAAAGACUGAUAAAUGAACUGUGAAAUAAAAUAAAACAUUUUUAGGAUGUUAUUCAGUGAUUUGUGGACAAUUUUUGUUCUGAAAUUCCUCAGUCCUAAAUGUUAUUGUGUUAUAGUUCACUAUCCAUUUACUAGAUGUUGCUUUGUGAUGUAAAUUUGUGUGAAAAUAUUAAAAAGAGUCUUUUUUCUUCAUAAAGAACCUCAAAUAUGUAGAUAAUUGU